UCAUAAAUAGGAAAACUACAGUAAACAAAAAAUCAGAGGAGGAUGCUGCCAGUGCAAGCAGACAACAUUUCUCUCUAUUUCUUUUCCCCCCUCGCUGCCUGUGUGCUCUGUGCCUCUCAUUCUCCCAGCACACUGCAGCUCCUCCUUCCACCUCUCUCUCAUCGGCCGCCCCUCCCCUCUUCCCUUCUCCAUCUCUCUGCUAGGUGCAGCAUGUAUGUGAGCGCGUGUGAGCCAGCAGAGCCGCCUGUGUGUUUACAUGUCAGCCUAUCAGUGCUGCCGGAUUUAGAGCAUCUGGAGAGGACGGAGGCAUCUCUCAGAUGCCCCUCAGACAAGGGAUUCUCGCCGCCGCACAUAUCCCUCAUUCCCGUUUGAAUCCAGCCCGUCUUGUGUCCUGCGUCCCCGUCUCCAUGCUUUCGGAGGCAUUUUGAAUUUCCUUGGCAACAUGGAGCUGCCUGAAUUAGAAUUCUCUGCAUGACAGUCCUGGUAAGCAGUAGGAUGGUGUCCGGAGAGGCAGGAGGGCACAGCUACCUGGUGGCAUGCUGGCAGCCCAUCCUGAUCCUCAUGCUGGGCACCGUCCUCUCUGGGUCCACCACCGGUUGCCCCUCCCGAUGCGACUGCAACGGUCAGGAGCGUUCAGUCGUGUGCCAUCGACGGAGACUGGCGGCUCUUCCCGAGGGCAUACCCACCGAAACGAAGCUGAUGGACCUCAGCAAGAACCGUCUGAAAACUCUGGGGACCGAGGAGUUCAUUAAUUACCCUCAGCUGGAGGAGCUGCAACUUAACGAAAACACAAUUUCGUCCAUCGAGCCCGGGGCUUUUGGCAACCUUAUGAACCUUCGAACUUUAGGUUUGCGCAACAACCAGCUGAAGCUCAUUCAGCUGGGGGUGUUCACAGGCCUGACCAAUCUCACCCAGCUGGAUAUAAGUGAGAACAAAAUUGUCAUUCUGCUCGACUACAUGUUCCAGGAGCUGUACAACCUGCGGGCUUUGGAGGUUGGCGACAAUGACCUAGUAUUCAUAUCACCCCGAUCAUUUCAUGGCCUCAGCAACCUUGAAAGCCUCAACAUUGAGGGAUGCAAUCUGGCCUCAGUGCCCACUGAUGCCCUUAGCCAUCUGCAUAACCUGUUGUCACUUCGAUUACGCUAUCUCAACGUCACUGUCAUGAGGGAUUACUCCUUUAAGAGGCUGUAUCGGCUCAGAGUGCUGGAGAUUUCUCAAAUGCCUGCCCUGGAUACCAUGACGACAAAAUGCUUGUUUGGACUCAACCUCACAUCAUUGUCCGUCACAAACUGUAAUCUUACUGCCAUCCCCUACCAAGCCAUCAGUCACCUAAGAUAUCUUCGCUUUUUGAAUCUGUCUUUCAAUCCCAUUCACACUGUGGAAGGGAACAAACUGUACAAUCUGCAGAAGCUCCAGGCUUUUCAUUUGGCUGGUGGGAGAUUAGCUGCCAUAGAGCCCUACUCUUUCCGUGGACUCAACCACCUCCGUGUACUCAAUGUGUCCGGCAACAGCUUGAACACCCUGGAGGAGUCUGUCUUCCACUCAGUGGGAAACCUGGAGACUCUGGCUUUGUAUGAUAACCCGUUGGCCUGCGACUGCCGUUUGCUCUGGGUCUUCCGCCGGCGGUGGAGGCUCAACUUUAACAGACAGCAGCCCAUGUGUACUUCACCGGAGGUUGUUCAAGGAAAAGAGUUCAAAGACUUCCCAGACAUUCUCCCCUCUGACUAUUUCAUCUGCCAGAAAUCAAAGAUCAUGGAUUAUAAGGUUCAAGAAAGCCAUGUAGAUGAAGGAACUACUGUUCAUUUUGCUUGCCAAGCCGAAGGCGAUCCAGUCCCUGUGAUCAUGUGGCUAUCCCCUAAGAAGGACUACAUCACGACGAAAACUGCGGGAUCAAGACUUUCUGUGUCUAACGAGGGCACAUUGGAGGUGCGUUACGCCCAAAUCCAAGACAACGGCACCUACUUGUGCAUCGCAAGCAAUGCAGCCGGCAAUGACACCAAAGUUGCUCACCUUUUUGUGCAUAGCUACUCCCCCAAUUGGCCCCACCAGCCAAACAAGACAUUUGCCUUCAUUUCCAACCAGCCCAGUGAUGAAGGUGCGAAUGUGACCCGGGCCACAGUUCCAUUUCCAUUUGAUGUAAAGACACUCAUCAUUGCAACUACCAUGGGAUUUAUCUCUUUCCUCGGAGUCGUCCUCUUCUGUCUUGUAAUAUUAUUCCUCUGGAGUCGAGGGAAACACAAUACUAAGUCAAGUAUAGAGGUUGAAUAUGUGCCACGUAAAGAGGAACCGGAGGAGGCCAGUCCAACUGAGGCACCCGUACAAUUCAACAUGAAAAUCAUGUGAACCUCAAAUGGAGGCCAUGUAAGCUUACAAACUGCAGUCGGGAUGCAUACCAUCUUCGCUUCAAAUAUGUACUCAGUUUAUGAACGAUAGAAAUUGCACAGCAGCAAACGCAUCUUGACACUAUACCCUCGACUCUUUUUUUUUUACUUCAGGGACUGAAUCUUUAAAAGCAAAUGUUGAAUUUCAAAUAUUCAAAUUUCUGUAAAUUUGUAUUGGCAAUACUCAAUCAGUAUGUUAACAUGCACUCAACAACCCCAAUUACUGUGUGUAACCAAAUUAAGGGAAUAGUUUGAAUCACAGUAGAUGGAUUUCCAAAAAUAAACCGAGUUUACAUGAUAGGUGGGUUACUGUCUGGAAGGAUGUGGGGAUUAGUCUGCAGGGACAACCUUUCUAUCAGCACAAAAUAAGAGACAGAUCUUGUUGUUAGGAUCUUGAUGCUGCCUUUGAUGUACAAAGCACAAUAACCCAUUAUUAGAACCCAAGUUCUGUUGCUUGAAAUGCUAAGUUGAAAGUCCAUUUUAUAUUGUCACAGUGCAAGCCAUUGACAAGUAUUACAUGAGUGUUUGGGGUAGUAUUACAUAAAAAUAAAAGAGAUAGAGAGCAGUCUUAUUUUGAGAGACUAAACAUGUACUUUCAAGAAAGAAGUCAUUAAAUUACAAAGAUAAACUUUUAAACUUAAAGUUUUGAGAAAAGAAAAUGUCAGUAUUACAAGACCAAAUUAAUAGUUUUGACAAUAAGGUCAUACUAUUUAGAGAAAGAAGAAUAUUAUGACAAAAUGCCAUGUUAAAAAACACUCUUUUGGAUUGCAAUUCUCUGAAAUUGAAAUUUUAGUAUUAAAAAUCAGUUGGUGGAUUAGUCAGUGUACCUCACCACCGUACAUCUGUCAGUGAGCAGAGGCCUUUAACAUCAUUAAAUUGUGUUUUGAUGUUUCCCCUACCAUAUUUCGGCACUGCUGCCUGGAAAAAAACAUGUCCAAGAAAAUCAAACAGUAGCCUGUAUCUCCCUUACUUGUCAUAGACAAGCACUUUUUUGUCAAUUGGGCUUCAAUUCUACUGUGUAUAUCAGUUAUAAUAACUGGAGUAUUUCUUAAUCUGGUAACAGUCAAAUUAAAAAUCUGUGCAUGUUAACACACUGAAUAAAAGAAAAAUAAGCCAGUCGUACAGUAUGUGCUCCUUUCUGCCAACAAAGGAAGUUUGUCAUUAAAUGUAUUAACAUGUUCAGCUAUACAUAUUUUUUCUGUAUUCUAUUCUUUCCUUGUACAUUAUGCUAUGGCACAAUAGUAAUGCUUUUAAUGGCUGUGAGUUUUGAACACAUUACAAUCUAAAGAGCAGAUUAAAUAUUCAUGUUUUUGAUGUGACUAAACCAAACAAGAGUGUUACAGCUUUUCAGAGUACUCUUGAAAGUCAUCAGAUUAGCAAUUUAUCAUCAAGUGUAACAAAGUUAAUUUGUUUACCCAUUUGGCAGCCCAAUAAAUGCGAGCCCAAGUCCUGAGGUUAUAUUGUCACCGGUGCAUCUCAAAAAUGCUGACAUUAUUAAUUUGUUGCCUUGAGUAACCCAUUUUCCAGAUUUCAGCUGAGCAAUACCCAAUAUUUAUGCGUAAAAUGGAGUUUUAUACCUCAUAGGGAUUUUAUGUUGUCUAAUUAAUUUCACAGUCAAGGUCUGCUCUGAAGAUAAUGUGUUCAUUAACUCUUAAAAUACUUGUUUAAAAGGGAUGGGCAGAUGGAAAUUCUAUUAAAAUAAAUAACAUUUUA